AUGAGGUUCGGCGCAGACCCGGGCUGGGCGUUCGGUCCGGAUGGAGGUUCAGGCGGGCCAAUCUCGAACGAGAGAGUGUGGGAGGAGGAGCAGAGUGGAGUGAGUGCAGGCGGCUCGAUUCGGAACGAGAGAGUUUGGCAGGAGGAGCAGACCGGUGAAAGGGAGAGGGGAUGGGGAGAAGAAAUUGGUGGGGCGGUUGCGGAAGCUUUAAGAGCAGUCAUGGCAGAGCGCAUGAGAAUGUCAUCUGAUGCUAAACACUCCUCAACGAUGGACACACACCGCUGCCGCCGCUUCUCCGCCGCUUGCUGCACGUGGGUUGAGGGGGGUGAGCGGGAAGAGGGGGGUGAGCGGGAAGAGGGAGGUGAGCGGGAAGAGGGAGGUGAGCGGGAAGAGGGGGGUGAGCGGGAAUUGGGGGAUGAAGGGGGUGAGAGCGAUGAAAAAGAUGAGGGGGGUGAGAUGAGAGGGACGAGAGAUGGGUGUGCUGCAUGGCAUGGUGUGCUGCAUGGCAUGGUGUGCUGCAUGGCAUGGUGUGCUGCAUGGCAGGGUGUGAUGCAUGGCACGGUGUGCUGCAUGGCAUGGUGUGCUGCAUGGCAGGGUGUGAUGCAUGGCAUGGUGUGA